GAGGCUGGCUCCCUCCCGUCCCGCCACACCGCCCCCGGGGCGGGCCGCCCGCCGCCGCGGCCCAUAUAGGGACGGCCCGGGGGGCCGGAGGUACUGGCUGGGGAGGAGAAGCGCGGCCCCGGUUGUCCCUCUGAACGUCUGCUUUCUCUGGGCGACGCAGGCUCCUCCCGGAGAGAGGCGGUGUUCUCGUCUCGUCGCUGCCAUGGCCUCGGUACCCUCCGCCGGCUGCCUCCUGGCCAAGAACCGGUACUACAGAACAACACAGAACUCUGAAUCCAGUGUUUCUCCCAGCUCCUCCUGCUAUUUGGAUCCUGUGAACAUGACAGACCAGGACAAAGCAUUUAAUGCGUUACCUGAAUUAGUUGAUAAGUAUUGGUGGAUAAAAAGCUUUUUCCAUUGUGAACCAUCUCCACCAAACGUUGGCAGAAAAACACUAUCAGCAAGCAGUACCAACAGUUGAAUAUGACAGCAUGCUGGCUUUACUGACUGGGAUACUACAUACAGACUUCUUUUUCCAAGAGGCUUGGGGUCUUCCUAGUGUCUGGGUUCUGCUGCAAGAAGAAAACAAAACCUCUAGAAGGGUAGAAAACUGUAUUUUCAAAAUAUUUUUCAGUAGCUUAAGUGAUAUGGCUUAAUGGACAUGUCUGUGGCCUUCCUUGUUCAUUAGAGUUGCUAUAAUUUGAGGUGCCUCUUUAAUGGAAGUUACUUGCAUUAAAUAUCCUGAUGACAUACUUGGAUAGCUAGUGAAAAAUGACAGUAAAAGGAGAAGUGUGUGUAUUGAAUGACUUUACAGGCAAUAGUGUUAAAUUUUACCUUUACGAUAUCAGCUCUAUAGGCAGUCACACUGAUGUCAACAAGAUUCAAGCAUAUAGUCCAGAGUAGGUAGUAAGCUCUGUAGCACACGUUUUUCAUCAAGUAUUUGUGUACCUGUUACAUGGAGUAAGUUUACAAGAUAUUAAUAGCUUUACUUUUAGAAAGCCCAGUUAUACAAAUAAACAGUAAUCAGUUUGGUCUCUUUGUCUGAGCAGGGUGUGUAAAUCCCUGUCUCAAAUACUCAGGUACAACUCUCAUUCAUAUGUAUGCAUGUUGGUAUUUGGGGGUGGAAUAGAAGAAAGACAAGAAACCAGUAAUCCUAUUGGACACUGACCUUAAUCAGAGCUGAUCCUAGCUCUGUUUUAGAUUACUCUCACCUGCUUUGUUGUAGCUUAAAGUACUACUUGUUCUCAAGUGACUAAUCCUGUCAAUAUUCCCUGCUGUUUAGUUACGUGCUAGGUCUGGCAAAGUGUUCUACUCAAAGUGAUCACAUUACUGUUAUUAACCAAAUCUACCUUUGUGAUUCAUGCUCUUAAAAGAUACUGUAUCAUAGCUUCAUUUGGUUUUCAGUGUUGCAAAGCAGUAUAUCAUAUUCUGUAUUCUACUGACUAUGACAUAAGUGCAUCAGAGGUCAUAGAAAAUAACAAGUAUUUGGCUGGAUGAUACAAUUUCUGUAAAUUACUUAUGCAACUUUUUGAUGUACUGUCACUAAACCUACCUAACAUUUGUCCAUCAUUGGGUGAACUAACAACAGUAGAUGUUAAUAUAGCAAAUUGUUGUCAUGGUUAUGCAUAGAACUCCAAAGUGUAUUAAGUCGCUGCUUCAGGAAGCUUACAGUUUCAGUGGAAACAGUAAAUACAUGGCACAAGACAACAGCAAAAACCACAAUUCUGAAAAGAUAGUUUCAGGAGUUUUAAAUUGACUUAUGUAUUUUACUUUACUGCUGUUGUGUAGUUUCAUGUUUCUUUUUUCUCUAAGUUUACAGAAAGAACUAUUCUAUUUUUUUAUACUAAGAUUUUUUUAUUAAUAAAGAUUUAAUCAGUA